AUGUAUAAUUAUUCACUGUGUAGAAGGAUUGGUAAUCUUUUGAUCCAGUAUAGUGGGAUUUUCUUUGGGGCCGCCACAAAAAGCUGUGCAGAUCCAAUCUCCAUCAUCUUCUGGAGCAUAAUUUUGCGGAGAAAGCAACUGGAAUUACUGCUGCUUAUUCUUCCUUUUGGUUAUCUGGAUCUGCCGACUGAAAGGCUGCUGGUCAGUAUGGAUAAAAAACUUGAAAUUAUGCCAAUGGCAGAUGGGAGGAAGAUGACGGCAGGCCGUUAUAUUCUGGGUUUGGUUGUAAGCAGUGGCUGCAAGAUUUGUCAUGUAGAUUGACCAACAUAACAGAUUUGGCUUACGAAAAAUUUCGCUGGAAGCCAUUUAGCUGUGAGAUGCCAGACUUUGAGGGAGAUCAAUUCUUACCUUAGAGAGGUAUCAUAGUUGUGAUUGCAACCUGAUAUUACACGUAUAACCUCUAACAUUAUUAAUUUAUUAUAACAACUAACACCACAUAUCAUUCUUCAAAGGAAGAGCAAUUCCAUCCCGUGGAGAAUUCAUCAUUUCAUCAAUGAAAUUGGUUCUAAGGCUAGAGAUAUGAGCUCAGUGGAGUUCAAUUUUGUUCGGAAGAGAGUCAAUACCUUGGCUCAUGAUCUUGCUGCGUUUGCGAAACAUCACAAUGUCCAAACUUGGUGGACAUCUUCCCAACUCCUGUUCUCUCUAUUUCAGCAAACUUGAUUUUGCUUCUUGUUUUCUUCUUUGUUUUUGUUCUUGUUGUUCUCUGCCCUGUGCAGACGUCCAAAAAAAAAGAAAAACAACCACAUAUCAUUAAAUAAGAAAACU